CACACGUGGAAAACAGACUGUUUUUAAUUUAUUUGAAGAGAAAUAUCGAAUUUUUCACGAAAUGAUCCAAGCAAAAAAACGUCCCGCUGAGAAAAAUGCCUCCGAGGGUCAGCCGGUGAAGAAGCAAAAAGCCACAGAUGAUGGAAAAAAGCAAAAAUUUCAAGGAAAGAAGCCUUUUAACAAAUUCGGAGCGAAAGGAAAGAAGUUUCAGAAGGAUUUCAAGCCAAAAGGUCAACAAUUCAAGACAAAAGCCGACGGAAAAACGGAUUGGGCCGAUGUGAAACUCAAGAAAAAAGACUUGCGAGCACAACGGAAGAAACAAAAAGCCAAGGAUGCGUCGUUAUACGAACUGAGUGUUCAAGCAAAACAAUUAUACGAAAAAUUAAAAUGCAAAACGACCCCAAAUAAGCACGAAUUAUGCACCGAAUUGCAUUCCCUGCUUAAAAAAGGAGAUGCUUAUGCAAAACUUGUCCUUUCUCACGACAUUGCUCGCGUCGUUCAGUGCCUCUUGAAGUACUCGCAAGGCGAAAUCCGCAAAGAAAUUUCCGAAAUCCUCCUCCCAAACAUCGUUCAGAUGUCAACGUCGAAAUACGCGCAUUUUUGCGUGUCCCGCAUGUUAAAAUACGGCACGAAGGAAAUUCGGAGCAAAGUUAUCACGGGAUUUUUCGGAAAUAUCAUCAAACUAGUUUCACACAAAUUUUCCAAUGAAUUGGUCGACAUUGCUUACAACACACAUGCCACUCCAACAGAAAAAGCCGAAAUCCGGCAGGAAUUUUAUUCGGACCUGUAUCGCAAAAAUAAGGCAAAAAACGUUCAAACCUUAGAAGAUACGUGGAAAGACUCGCCGGAGCUCAAAACGGCAGUGAUGGCAUCAACAAAAGCGAAUUUGAUGAAAUGCGCCAACAAGGAACUCGUCGAUAAUGGGUUGGUGCAUGCGGUGUUGCUGGAAUUUAUGAAAGUUUGUGCGGAAACGGAUCAACAGGAUGUGGUACAGGCGUAUAGUGGAUUGUUGGCGCACUUGUCGAGCACGAAGGAAGGAGCUCAUGCCGCGAUCGAGUGUUAUUUGAAGGCACAAACGAAGGAUCGGAGGGCAAUUCUCAAAUCCCUCAAGGAACACGUGGAAAAAAUCUGCAAGCACGAAUUCGGUCAUUUACUCAUGAUCACCAUCAUAAAUUGCACGGACGACACUGUGAUGCUCAGCAAAACCAUUUUCAACGUCAUCAUUUCGCGCCUUGAGUCGAUCGCGAGCAACGAAUGGGGUCGCAAAGUGCUUGAAUGGACAGUUGCUCCCACCGACACUGCCUUCUUCCACCCGCAAUUUGUCACGGAGAUGAAUGCCGGCCUCAAACACAGCAAAAAAGACGCCGACGUUCGUCAAAAGGAAAUUUUCGCGAUUGUCGAGAAGCCCUUCACCGAAGCAAUUGCCAAAAAUGCGAGUUUUUGGUUGCGCGGCGGCUCCACGGCCCUUCUCACAUGCGCGAUAAUGCGAAAAGCGAAGGGCGAGCACAGCAAGGGGGCUUACGAAGCACUUGCCGAUGUCGUGAGUGAUGCAGAAUGGCGGGUUAAUGAGACAGAAAACGACGAGGAAGCAGAAGAAACGGAAAAAGUCGCGCAAAUUCCGAGUAUCAAGAUAAAAAAGAUCAAGAAAAAUCCGUUAAUUGACGAAAAUGAGGAGAAAAAGGAAGAAAAACAAAUUGCGGGCAUCGAACAUCCGGGAUUGCAUGUGGCGCUGAAGAAAUUGAUCAAAAGUGACCAAGCCAAAGAGGACGAGGACACGUCAAAUCGCUUCGGAACUGCUUUAGUGGCGAAAUUAACGAAAGAAACGGUCGAAAAAUGGCUUCCACUCAACAGAGCUUGCUUCAUUUUGCUGAAUUUGUAUGAAACGAACGACGAAUCGGUGCAAUCGCAAAUCAAGGAGCUGCUGAACAAAGCCGCCCUAAAGAAACAACAACAUUCUGGUGCCAAGAUUUUACUGAAGAAGCUUUUUUGAACGUUAAAAAAUAAGAAAAAUUGAGCACAGAUCCACAAUAAAUGCAAAAAAUAUUAUAAAGUA